GCAGCCCCCGCUACCAGGAGUCCCUGCGGGUGCUGCGGGAGAAGAACACCAACGAUGAUCUCAACAACCCCGAAGGGCUCAAAGAACCUCAUUUUGUAGCAUUUAAUGGAGGAUUUAGCCAAGCCCAGCUGGACUGGUUCGAUGAAGUCCUCAAGUUCUCUGAUGAAAACCAAGAAAAAGUUAUAGUUAUGGCUCACGUGCCCAUCCAUCCCUGUGCUUCCAAUGGGGUUUGCCUGGCCUGGAAUUACGAGGCUGCCCUGUCAGUGAUACACAGACACAGGUGCGUGGUCUGUGUGCUCGCAGGGCACCUGCACGACGGCGCCUACUGCCAGGACCUGCACGGAGUUCAUCACCUCACCCUGGAGGGGCUCAUCGAGACCCCCCCCGACAGCAACGCCUUUGCCACUGUUCAUGUCUAUGAAGAUAAAAUGGUGCUGAAGGGAAGGGGCAGAAUUCCUGACAGAGUUAUGCACUUCUGAAAUACCAGGCAAAGACACUGUUCUUCCACAGGAAGGACUCGGAUGAAAAAUGGACACAAAUGUAGGAGAUUCAGCUGUUUGCUUUUAGAAAGCUGUGCAUGGCUGAUCCUUAUUGCUUUAGCUCAGGCUUUCUUCUCUUGGACACAGAAUAUUAGAAACUGUGUUUCUGUAAGAGAGCACCUGACUUCUUUUUGGAGAAUAGAGAAGGACAGUAAUUUAAAUUAAUAUACUGGAAUGCAGAAUGUUGAAGUCCAACACCCAAUCCAGACUGGAUUGCUACUGUGAAAAGAUGCAAACCAUAUAACAAAUAUUGCUCAAAAAAAAGCCCCUAAUGCUGUUCUCUUAGACUGGAUUGCUACUGUGAAAAGAUGCAAACCAUAUAAAAAAUAUUGCUCAAAAAAAGCCCCUAAUGCUGUUCUCUCAGACUGGAUUGCUACUGUGAAAAGAUGCAAACCAUAUAAAAAAUAUUGCUCAAAAAAAGCCCUAGUGCUGUUCUCUCAGUGAGCAUUAAAGCAUGCAGAGUUGUACCUGCCCA